AUGAAUAAUAGUAAAAAUAUAUUAAAAAUAGUACACCCAAUUAUACAAGCACCAAUGUUAGGUGUAACGAGUCCUAUGAUGGUUGCCAAAUCGUGUGAAGCUGGUAUUAUGGGAUCACUACCAUUAGGGGGAUUAUCACCAACACAAUCAAGAGAACUGAUAAAGAAAACCAAAUCUUUAACAUCCAAACCAUUCUCUGUAAAUUUAUUUGUUAACGAACCAAAUGAUGUCAUCAAAGACCAAAAUCAAUAUAGAGGAAUGAUCGAAUAUUUAACAAAUCAUCAAGAGUUAAAGAGAAAUAAUCUUGUUGAGGAAUUAAUGAAAUCGUUACCAGAAUCAGUAGAACAAUUAAAACUAUAUUCAUAUCAUGAUCAAAUAGAUAUUUUAUUAGAAGAGGGAAUAGAUAUAAUCAGUUUUACAUUUGGUAUAUUGGAUAAUGAAACCAUUGAGAAAAUUAAAAAUAAGAACCCAAAUUCAAUACUUAUAGGAACUGCAACAUGUCUAAAAGAAGCUUUAUUAUUAAACUCAACUAAAUACAUCGAUAUGAUAUGUUUGCAAGGUAUUGAAGCAGGUGGACACAGAGGUUCAUUUUUAAUAAAUAAUAAUAAAAGUAGUGGGUUCAACGAUCACCCAAUUAAUAUCGAAGAUUUACCACAAAUUGGGCUAUCAACAUUAGUUUCAUCAGUUUUAAAUAAAUGUACAUUACCAAUUAUUGCAUCUGGGGGAAUUUCCGAUAGAAGAACAAUUCAAGGUUUUUUAAAUAUGGGUGUACAAUAUGUUCAAAUAGGUUCAUUCUUUAUCGGCUCAAAUGAAAGUAAUGCAAUUGAAUAUUGGAAGGAUAAAAUGAUUGAGUCUACUGAUACAAGUACUCAACUAACAAGAUCAUUCUCGGGUCGUUAUGCAAGAGGAAUUAAAAAUCAAUUCAUGGAUAUACUAGAAUCAAACUAUAACCCAUUGAUUCCAAUUCCACCUUAUCCAAUUCAAAAUGAAAUUACCAAAUCAUUAAGAUCAAUUGCACAGAAAUCAAAUAAUGGCCAAUUUACAAACUUAUGGUCUGGUCAACAAGGUUUCAAAACUAAAAAACUGCCAAUUUCUGAUUUAAUUAAAGAAUUAAUUUAA